AAACGCUAUGAGCAAUAACGCCACGAAGGAACCCGAAGUGGAUCCGAAGAAUAUAAUAAAGAGCAGAGAGACUCUGUACAGGCUGAUGAUCAGGUUCUUGUUUAGAAAUUUGUUUCUUUCUUCCAUACAUGGUGUUAAAAAUUCAUCUUCUUCUCGUUAUUUUUCUCAGUAUGAUUUAGCCAGCUGUUUUACGACGGUCAUCAGACACUGGCUAUGCAGCUGUCCAAUGUUAUACAGGCGGAACCACCGUGUCCGCCGUCGGAUCGAUUGCUUCAUCUCAUGCUGAUCGGAGCCGCUCACGAGCCGGAUCGUUCCAAGAAGGAAAACACCAGUUUGUCAACAUUUGCGUCCAGCUUUGACAACACACUUGGGCCUGGAUUGGAUUUGGAAUUUGAAACCGAAAUUCAAACACAAGCACCGGAACCCGCGCAGUACGAAACCGCAUAUGUCACAUCUCACAAAGGAAACUGUAGAGCCGGAGCGUUUUCAGCUGAUGGUCAGUUAAUAGCCACUGGUUCGGUGGACGCGUCAAUCAAGAUCUUGGACGUGGAUAGAAUGCUCGCUAAAUCCGCGCCCGACGAAGUGCCACCUGGCGAUCAGACGGGAGGCCAUCCGGUUAUACGAACUUUGUAUGAUCAUUUGGAAGAAGUAACGUGUUUGGAAUUUCAUCCAAGAGAACCGAUACUUGUAUCCGGUAGUCGAGACUUCUCCGUAAAACUGUUCGAUUUCAGUAAAGCAAGUGUUAAAAAAGCGUUCAGGACUAUAACGGACGCCGAUCAAAUUCGUUGUCUGUCCUUUCAUCCAACGGGAGAUUAUCUAAUAGUUGGAACCAAUCAUCCGGUAGUUAGAUUGUACGACGUGAAUACGGCACAGUGUUUUGUGUGCAGUAUACCCAGUCAUCAGCACUCGAACGGAAUAACGAGCAUCAAGUAUUCACCGGACGCGAAGACUUACGCGUCGGCGGGCAAAGAUGGAAGUAUCAAACUUUGGGACGGUGUGUCCAAUCGAUGUAUAAACACCUUUGUAAAAGCGCACGACGGUUACGAAGUGUGCUCGGUAACCUUCACAAGAAACGGCAAGUAUUUACUGUCUUCGGGGAAAGAUUCCUUGAUAAAAUUAUGGGAAUUAUCUACCAGCAGAUGUUUAAUAGCGUACACGGGUGCUGGAACUACAGGAAAACAGGAACAUAAAGCACAAGCUAUCUUUAAUCACACCGAGGAUUAUGUGAUGUUUCCUGACGAAGCCACAACUUCGUUGUGCGCUUGGAAUUCUCGCAACGCGUCAAGAAAGCAAUUAUUGUCACUGGGUCACAACGGACCGGUUAGAUUGAUUGUACAUUCACCAACAGCACCCGCGUUUCUAACGUGUAGUGACGAUUUCAGAGCAAGAUUUUGGUUUCGCAGAAUGCCGACUCACUAACACAGUUUGUUAUCAAAAGCCGACAAUAUUUAAUGGACAUUAAGAACAGGAAGUUUUUUUUUAUAUAAUUUUCAUUUCAUCAAAAAAAUCUAACAAAGAACGAGAAAAAGAGAGAGAGAGAGAGAGAGAGAGAAACACAGUGAAAGUGAGAGUGAGAAUGAGAGUGAAAUUUAAAAGACGAAAAAUUUUUGAAGAUUGAAAUUUAAAGAUUUGAUAUAUCGUGUACCAAAAAAAAUGUCAUUACAAGAAAGAAAUAAGUAUA